AUGAAAGUAGUCCACUUUAAUUUUAGACGUUUCUUUAGCUGCUUCUCCAUUCUUUUCAAUUUUAUUAAGAGAAUUUUAUUCAGAAGCCGACAGAGGAAGUCCAGCCGAUCAGAAGAUGAUGUGUUACCCACUCUCGUGACGGUAGCUUCUGAUUUAAACCAUGAUCAGGUGGGGAAUUUCUCUGUACUCGUUUUACCUGUGUGCUCUUUUAUAGUUUACGCCUAUCUGCUGAGAAAAACAUUUAUUGAAAUCGCUAAAGCAUGGUAAACUUAGGCAUGUCUCUCUUGGGCUUCAUGUUCUGUCUGGAAAACACAUACCUCGAGCUUAAACCUUUACAAAAUUAUCCAAAAGUUAUUGUUAUUGUUAUAAAAGCUCAAGUCCACUUCCUAGAAAUCCAAACAAUACUCAUUUUGAGGGUACAUCUCAGUAAUUUACCACUGCUUAACACCUAAAUCCUGAAAAUUUAAACUAUACAUGUUUUUAAUUAUAAGGUUUUUGGCUUUAGAUUUUAAAAUGAAGGUUAAUGUUGCCGCUCCAGUGUUAACGUAAACUGAUUACGCAUUUCCUAUACUAUAUUAAAUUAAAACGCAAAGAAAGAGAACACUUCAUGUUAGCAUUAAUGGGGGAAUACCACUCUGCUAUCAGCGUGAUGUUCUACUUCCCCAUGUGACAAAAGCGUGACUAGAGCCCAACCAAUAGAACCAUUGGCAUAGGGCGCUUUUCUAUUGGUACCAAUCGUACCAUUGGUACCAAUGGACCACUGGAAUUGCCCUGUACCCAGCUAGACCACAUGAGAAAAUAAUCUAAGUCCCCUUAAUGAGAUGCAUAUUCACCAAUAGAACCAUUGGCAUAGGGCGCUUUUCUAUUGGUACCAAUCGUACCAUUGGUACCAAUGGACCAUUGGAAUUGCCCUGUACCCAGCCAGACCACAUCAGAAAAUAAUCUAAGUCCCCUUAAUGAGAUGCAUAUUCACCAAUAGAACCACUGGCAUAGGGCGCUUUUCUAUUGGUACCAAUCGUACCAUUGGUACCAAUGGACCAUUGGAAUUGCCCUGUACCCAGCCAGACCACAUCAGAAAAUAAUCUAAGUCCCCUUAAUGAGAUGCAUGUUCACCAAUAGAACCAUUGGAAUAGGGCGCUUUUCUAUUAGUACCAAUCAUACCCUUGGUACCAAUGGACCAUUGGAAUUGCCCUGUACCCAGCCAGACCACAUGAGAAAAGAAUUUAAGUCCCCUUAAUGAGAUGCAUAUUGACCAAUAGAACCAUUGGAAUAGGGUGCUUUUCUAUUGGUACCAAUUGCACCAUUGGUACCAAUGGACCAUUGGAAUUGCCCUGUACCCAGCUAGACCACAUCAGAAAAUAAUCUAAGUCCCCUUAAUGAGAUGCAUAUUCACCAACAGAACCACUGGAAUAGUGUGCUUUUCUAUUGGUACCAAUCGCACCAUUGGUACCAUUGGAGACCCUUCUUAUCACCCCUAACACCAAUGGAGUCUAUUUUUUGACUAAUAUGAGGUAACGCACGCCAUACGAGGCGUGGCAGACAUGAGUUGACAACAGUCAGAAGACAACCUUCCUAAAACUUUAAUCAAGCAAUCUGGUAAGCCUGCAGCAGCAGAAGUAGAGGCAGCAGCGAUAAGGAGGAAGCUUUUCCCUGUUAAGGGAAAUAUGGUGUAAACUGGCCUAACAAUCCCCAGGAGCUCUGGCACGUCACACUCCAUUAACUGCAAUUUACUGUUUCACUGUAAAUCUUUAUUAUAUGUAUGCUUAAUGAGCUAAAAAGUAACAGUGACAGAAUUUCCUUGUUAACAGGGUUUGGAAGGGUAUGUCAUGGAAUCCAGGAUUUGACAAAAAUACAGUUCAGAAUACAGGAAUCAUUAACCAGGGAAAAAGCACAGAUGUGGGAUUGGGAAAGAAAACGAAACUCGGAAUAGUGAUGACAGAAGUUCGGGAUGCGGGAUUUCUUGUGUAAAAGGAGUGGGAAAGUGGGGUCGGGAACCUCCCUUUCCAGGCCCUUUGUUGAUAUCCAAACAUUUCAGUUGAAAAGUGGCCCCUGUAGUGUAUAAAUCAAUAAAUUGUCACCAUCACUUUGUAGUUCAUGAUAUUACAUCUUAUCAUAUCAAUGUAAAUCAAACCACAGCCUGACCAUGAAGCAGAUGAGUGGGAAGAUUGGAGUAAAAUGGAGGAAUUCAGCGUGAAGGUUGAACCAGCUGUGUCCUGUAGUCCAGAGCCAACUCCACCUGAUGAUGAAGAUCUAUUUCAGGACAUGGCGCCUGUCUUUCAAAAACCAAAAAAAGUAAGGUUCCUGUGACUCUAAUAUAAUGUAUCAGUAGUUUUUGUGAGUAAAGUGGGCUCUUUAGGGCUCAAUUCCAGUUUGUCCUUUUUGCAAGCAGCUCUUACAUUAUGCUUGCCAGGGCCACUAUUUUCUUGUCUUAGUUAGUUAUUGAUUAUGUCAGAGGAUAAGUUGUUUGAACUCUUGCCCAUUGGACAAGUAAGCUUUAAAAGCUACUUGCCCAGCAAGAAAAUUCACUUGUCCCAAACGUACACUACUGGGCAGGACUUUUUUCAAGAUCUUUCUUUUUUCAGUGUGAAAUGAUAGUUCUCCAGCCUUCAUGGCAAGACAAUUUUCUUUUUUCUUCAGAUUGUUGUUAAGAAGAAAAAGAGUUUUUCGGAUGAGAGUAGUCAGUUACAAACAGCUGGACCAUCAAGCCGUUUGAAAUUUGAUAUCAGCUAUCCCCCAGCAGAGGUAAGAGUUUUCAGAAUUAUAUGAGUAUAUAACUUGGUUUAUGCAGGAGAGUGUGUUUAGAGGUACUUGAGAACAAAACAGAAGAAUUUUGAUAAUGUACAGGUAAUGUCAUGUGUUUGUCCAGUUGGGCAGCUGAGAAAAAAAACUGGAAAGCUUGAUUCCCAGGGUCCCGGGGUGUAGGUUUUCACAUCUUCUCUUCAACCAGAUCUAUAAAGGUCACCUAACCAGUAUACGUCUUUAUGAUAUGGCUGUAUCCACGAGUGGGCAGGAUGAAGCAAAUCCUGUCUUGUGAUUGGCUACCCAAGGGGGCAAGAUGGACCCAUCUUGCCGGCCGCUUGGAAUUCCCCAUAUUAGUCCCAGAAGAGAAAGUUGUCUUUAUGGCUAUAUAGUAAAUCAUUUAUUGACCAAGCUUAUUCGAUCAAGGUGGCUGUGGAUAUUGGCCUCAUUCUUUUUUGUGUUUUUAUGGACCAAGACAGAGUCGAGGUCAAUAAUAUUCAGCGAUCUUGACCUCACCCUUGGUCAAUAACACAUAAGUUUAUGAGGUCUGGAAUGAAGAGGCUGAAUCAGGGUCUUUUUUCUUUCCUCAAAUUAGCCUGAGUUAGGAUCAUGGACUGAAGAAUCCAAUACAGCAUGGGACGAGGAAGGUGUAUCAGAAAAAGAAAUUCAAUGGCAAACAGAAAAAUUAACAAAGGAGAGGAAGCAAGCAGAGAGGGAACGGCGUGCUUUGGAACAACAAAAACGAAAAGAGGAAAGACAAUCACAUAGAGCAGAUAACAAGAAGCAACAUGGACAUUUGGGAGUCAGACUGUCUACAUAACGAAGAGCUUGUGAAUAAUCAAGGCUAACUUAUUUUGUAUCAGAAUUAACUUGCAGCAAAGACAUAACAAGGCCUAUUAGUGCUAAGGUGAUGCCAACGCUUAACACCUUAACACUGGUGAUACCAAGUCUCUUAAGGCAAACUCAAAUACAUCUAUUUUCUUUUGUUGUUAAUUAACAAUUAAUGAAUGAGGCUGAGUAUCUUAUGAAGACGGCCGAGGCGGAUAACACCCUCCAAGAUCUCCAUAAUUCUUCAUAUGAUAUGAAAGCCAAAUUCAAUAAUUGUUUUAUUAUUCAGUCAAAAUAACUUUUAGUUUAAAAACAUGGCUAAAACAUGCUUACCUCCAUCAAUCCAUCGAUGUUAAGUUCAUCUUCGAUAGUGAAUGUUUAGGUUUGUCCAGCUGUGCAAAUAUUCUCCAAAUAGCAGAUGUCGCCGUUCAAGUUGUCCUCUUGCUGUUCUUGCCAUGUUUUUAGCUAUUAUUUCGCCUAGUUCUUACUCUUGAAACGAGUGAAAUGUCCGCCAUUUUUGUUUCCACAAACAAAACAACUCAACCUCAUCCCCAGGUCUUCUUGGUUAACGGUGCAUUAACCUGCAAAAACGCUGCAUUUUUUAUGUCAUUCCUCGCUAGACACAAAAUUGUUCCAAAUUUGGUCAUCAGAAACUGGUUAUGGUGAAUUAUGCGUGUGCUUUUAGCCAAUCAGAAUCGGGGAAAUAUUUUGAAUGAAUAAUAAUGCUUGUUAGUGUAUAUUAAUGUGUUGUUCAUACACACUUUACAUCGGUAUCUACAUCCAUACUAACAAUCCCCCGCGGUGUCAAGCCUAUUGCAAAGGGUUUAACCAUCAACUACAGCUUUGAGGACAAACCAGACCCCUGAACGCAUCUCACGCUGCUGAACU